AUGGAGGAAAAAGCUGAACUCAAGAUGAAUAGUGCAUCUGAUGGAAGCGCAUGCCAAAUGGAGAAUUACUUCUACCAAAAGAAGUCAGUCACUGCAACAGAAUUAGAUGCACUGACAGCAGUGUGCCAAAUGUAUUCAGAAGAGAACCAUCAGAUUGAUGAAUGGGGUAAACUGCAAGAUGAAAGAGCUGUUGAACUAAGUAAUAUAUUUUUUAUUCCUUUUGUCUUUAAGGGCAAUCUCCAAAUACACCAGGUCCAUGUUAGUCAAGAUGGCCAGGUACUGCAAGGUGCACAGUUAAUUGCAGUGGCUUCUGCUGAACAUCCAACCAGUGGAGUAGAUGGAUCACCUCUCCAGGGAAGUGAUAUCCAGGUGCAGUAUGUACAGCUUGCACCAGUAACAGAUCACAACGCAGCAGCUCAAGGCACUGAAAGUCUUGCAGCCACAAUUCAGCCUGAAAUGCAAAUUGAACAUGGAGCGAUCCAGAUUCAACAAGGAGAGAAUGGAGAAGUUGUUCAAAUUCAAAUGCCAGUCAAUACUGUCAGCAGUUAAAACCAAAUGAACUUAGCUAUAAUAGCAUAGAGAGAAAACACAGAUUGUGCAGUGCAGGCAAUGGCCAAGUUGCAGAUGCACAUUAUAGUAGCAAAGCCUGAAGCUCCUCACAUUACAAAAGAAUAAAAUAUUCAGCAAACAAAAAAGACUUGAAAUCAUUUGAAGAAUUUGUUUCCUAUUUCAAACUAACUAUUGUGGACAUUGGGAUCAACUGUUAACCAUGUGUGAAACAAGAAAAAUACAUAUCUGUGCAACAACCUAUUAGCUUUUAUUAUUCAUUGUAAUUUUAUAGGGUCUUGUUUUGUCUUAAUUGCUACUGAACUGUUUUGGUUUGAAAAUGAAUUACACAGAUGCUUUGAAGAAAUGUAUUUAUGAAUCAUAUACAUUAUAUCUAGAAUUCAGGGAAUUUAUUUUUUCAUUUAUUAUUUGCAGCUGAAAACCCUUAAGAGGCAAAAGCAGUAAGGCUUUUUUUUGUAACUAAUUUUAGGAAGAAGAUAUGCCAGUCAAUUAAGGAGAUUUGUUGCAAUUAUUAUGAAAAGAGUGAAGUACCACAAGUCCUUUCAGCGUGAAGUGAAUUAACAUUUUACUGCUUAGUUUAGGUACAGCAAUAUGGUGUUACUUUUAACUUGCAUCAUAAAGGAAACACUCAGUUGCAGUCUUGAUAAAGACUUGUCUGCUACAGAAAUAUUCUUGUAAAGAGCUUAUUAAAUCAAUGAGAAACUGAAA